AUGUCUACAGAUCUUGAAUUUAGACAAGAAUUGCUCGGAAUCAGAUUACCAACGAUAAAGAUCAACUCUUCACAGUCGUCUGAUAUUACUGAUGAUCAAAAUUGUACAAAACAAACCUCCUCAAUCAACGAUCAAGGUUGCCACACACCAAAGACUCCACAACACAUGAUUCCCAAGAUUCUCAGCUGCCCACCGGCCCCGAAAAAAACGACCCGGGUGCCCUCAUGCAAGAGAAAAUUAUCCGAAUUGGAAUUUUUCGACGUGGUUUCGAGAGAAGAGAUUGAAUCGUUCUUCAGGGUUGCUGAGGCUCAUAUCAAUGGCGCAAUCAAGAGAAGUUGUUUUGCAUAA